GGAGAAGCGGAGGGGGAUCCCGGGCGGCACCGGCACCGGCACCGGCACCGGCAGGGAGAACCGUAAUUCACCCGGCUGUUGGCAAAACAUCUGAUUCUACCUGUGAAGUACAAAGUACUCUUUCCCACAGCAGUACCGACAUAAAAGUAUCCUCUACAAAAAACAAAAGCCAGAAGAGAAAAGGAAGACCACCUUUGUAUCAGCCUUGCUCUUAAAUGAGUGUUUCUGGCUGUAAUAAAUUAAGCUGACAUUUUUAAACUAUUACUCCCCAAAAUGGAUUUUCGAUUUAAUUUUGCUAUCGAUGAAAAUGAGAACAGUGAAGCAGACACUCACUACUUACUGCUGGGCUCUCCAAAACACAAGCAGGACCCCACGGAACAGAGCAGGAAAACUGCUGAUGCUGGAGCAGACUCCAGCCCCAGGCCAGGUGCUGCAAAGCACCAGGAUGAGGCACCAAAGACAAAGCACUGUGUGAAAGCUGCCAAGGAGCACAUUAUACCUGGAGAUCUCAACAAAGUAUUGGAAAACAAAGUAAUGGAAACAGUACUGGACCUGUAUCAUGUAAAGGUGUCUGCACUGGAAAUGACAUGUUCGGGUGAUGCCGACAGCGAAGGCAUCGUGUCCAAAAGUGUCUCUUCUCACUCUGAUCUUAUCCCAGGAGUCUAUGAGGGAGGACUGAAAAUCUGGGAAUGCACCUUUGAUCUCAUGGACUACUUUUCUGAGGCUGAAAUACAGUUUACCAACAAGACUGUAUUGGAUCUUGGCUGCGGGGCUGGACUGCUGGGAAUAGUUGCCUUAAAGUGUCAAGCUGAAAGAGUUCAUUUUCAGGACUACAACAGCACAGUGAUUGAGGAAAUAACCUUGCCUAAUGUGGUGGCCAACUGUGUAAAUGAAAGCACUAGUGGAAAGGACAGAAAAGCCAGCAAACCUCUUGCCAAGAGGCCCAAGAAAGCAGAGGGCUCACCUGAUGUGCUCACCAAAUGCAGGUUUUUUUCUGGAGAGUGGUCUGAAGUCAGCCAGCUCCUGUUAAGCAGCAACAAACCCUUUUCAAAGUAUGAUAUAAUUCUCACAUCUGAGACCAUCUAUAAUCCUGAUUAUUACAGUGCUUUGCAUGAUACACUGGCUCAGCUCUUAGAUAAAAAUGGCCGUGUGUAUUUGGCAAGCAAAGUGCAUUAUUUUGGGGUUGGUGGUGGUAUCUACCUCUUUCAGAAAUUCAUUGAAGAGAGAAAUGUGUUUAGAACCAGUAUAAUUAAAACCAUUGAUCAGGGACUUCAGCGAUGCAUUAUGGAAAUGGCCUUUAAAGAUUCCAGUUAAAAUUCAACCAUUAGUUCUUUAAAAAUAGCUUAAAAAUGUUUUAAUCCUCCUAUCUCUCUGCCUUUUGCUCUGUUAUUCUGGUUGACAAAUUAAGGAUGGUGGUUAUUGAAAUGUUUGACAAAAUCUGUCUGACUAGAAGUAAAAGACUUCUCUGACACUGAUUUUGCAUAGAAAAAUGGAGUUCUGCUGCUUUGCCACCAGAGGGGGAUGUGAUUGUAUUUAUCACUUGUGUUCUACCCUGCCAGUCAUCUCAGAAAUCCUGGUAAUGUUUCCCUGUGUAAAUGCUCACAUGAUUUACUCAAGCCUUUGAAAAAGUGUACCAGAGAAUAUUUACUACUGUGGGCUGUCAGUAUUCACAUUCAGAUUUUGACAUAUCACUCUAAGAAAAUUUCAGCAAGUAAUUGCGAAAAGUGAUGCUGUUUUAGAAUUGAAUAAAACAACUCUGUUUCAGAAGCUGACUUGAAAGUCCUGACACAAGAGAAGCUCCUUACAACAAUCAACCAAUAAGCCUAUGAGUACAACACUGGGGGAUGACAGAACUGAGCUUUAGGUGACAGCUGGGAAAGGAGACAAACUGCUGUGACAGCACAGUUUAACUACAUUGCUGCCCUUUUUUUUAACUGCCCCAUUUUCAAAACUUGCUGGGGUUCUACUGAACACCCAACACUUGUUUCAUCUCUUCAGCAGUUUGGCAGGACAGAAACGUUCAGAAAAGCCUGUGUGCAAGGCACUCCUGUUUCCUAGGCUGAAGACAGUGAUGGUGCUGAAGAAAUUGCCUUACCAAAAAUGCAAACAAACCCAAAGACAUAACAAAUCCUGAUCCUGAGUGCUCAGUGUCACCAGCAAUUAAAAAAAAAAAAGUCCAUUGCAUGUUUUAUCUUAACGAAAAACAGACAAAAAGCCAUUACACAGCUCUAACAUGUAGAUCAAGGCUACUGCUUCUCAUCACGCACUGUUUUAUUGGGAGUCCUUGCAGAAAUAUAAAAAAAAAAAAGAGACAGGAAAAAAGAGACAGUCAAGCAGUGCAGUAAACUGGAUGCAGAGAUACUCAGUGUAGGGGAGAAGAGACAACAGUGUGAGGGGAUGGAAAAACUUAUUACAGCAGUGACCUAAAUCACUUUAAUUGUUGCACAAAAGUUCCCAUCACUGAAGACUGUGAACAUCAGCCUCAAGAUUCCUAUUUUGACCCUGUUGCUAUUAAGCCAAAGUGAUAGAGGAUUUCCUGUACUUUACAGAAGAACCUUAACUGCAGUUGUUUCAGACUAUUUUAAAGUGGUCCUUUGGAAACUACUGACUCUGGCCUUUCAGAGGGUAGGAGAGGGAGGGAAAAUGCAGUCAACUGUACCAUGACUGUCACUGUGCUUUGGAAUUUUUCUGCAUUGACUCUGAAACUUAUUGACACUGCUGACUACAGACUGAGGAACAAGAGUUUUAGCUUUGGCAGAUCAAGAAAUUACUGUGAAGAGCCUUUUUUUUUUUGUUAAAACAGGGAAGCUGGAAACAAACUGAUUUACCAUUUACUAUUUUUCAAACCUCAGUUUUGACAAAGACAAAUCAUGGCUUGCACACAGGGACUGAAUAGGUUGUUCUACAUGUGCUAGGUCUGGUGCUGUGUCAGAGAACCAGACCUGAAAUAAUAAGAAAUGUUGACCACUAUGACAAAGAAUAUGGUUAAGAACAAGAAUCUCAAGUAUUUUUUGAUGAAUAAAGGAAGAAGGUACUUACAAGCUUCAA